GUUGCCAAAUUGUACAUUGCAGGGAAAUACAUUCUGUCAGGCAUGGAGAUACAGGGCAAAAUUGCGUUGGUGACCGGAGGAGCUAACGGCAUAGGCUUCGCCUACGUCCAGGAACUAUUGCGAAACGGAGCUGCGCACGUGGCGAUUCUCGAUUUAGCGAAUUCGAAGGGGGACGAAUCGGCGAACAAACUCAACGCCGAAUUCGGAUCCGACCGGGUGAUUUUCAUCGUCUGCGACGUGACGAAGCCCCAGGAUUUGGAAGAUGCUUUCGCCAAGGUGGUCAAGGAUUACGGGAGGCUCGACAUCGUGAUCAACAAUGCCGGAAUAAUGGACGACGCGCGGUGGGAACUCAUGAUCAACAUUAACAUAACCGCCGUGGUGCGUGGUACUUUGCUGGCCUUCCAAUAUAUGGGAAAAGACAAGGGCGGCAAAGGAGGAACCCUCGUCAACGUUGCCUCCGUGGCCGGUCUGAUUCCGAGUCAGCCUUUCCCCAUUUACCACGGAACAAAACACGCCGUCGUUGGUAUAAGUCGCUCGUUCGGGCAUCCCUAUCACUACGAUAGAUCGGGAGUUCGAGUACUGACGAUGUGCCCGGGUGCCACGGAGACUCAACUGAUAACGGAGGCUGGUGGACGGAUGCUGGAUAUAGUUGAAAAACAAGAGCUCUUUGACCUCCUCGACAGCAUUCCCAGUCAAACACCAGAGAGCGUGGCGAAGGGCUUGAUGCAAAUCAUAAAAGUUGGCAAAAGUGGAAGUGUAUGGAUGGUCGACGGCGGAGAACCGGCUUGGGAAGUUGACAUCCCUGACUACCCCGUGAAGAAGGGUGAAUAA